UUCUGAUUCAGUCAGCGAGCGUGCUUCGCUCCUCAUUCGCUAUUGGCUGAGAGCGUGCGCGACGUCACCUUUUUUUCCCUCGGGACUGAACUUCCGUGGCAGUAUUUCAAAAUAAAAGAUUUAUUAAGAUUUAUUGCGUUUAACUCAAAGAUUUAAACCACUCACUCUUAGUUACAUUAUCUUUUACACAAAACGAGUUAUAGCAAAACAAUACUCGAUCAAAAUAGCUUAUUGAACGCUUGUUGAAACGUAUCAAUAGAUUCUCAUUUUGCAAAUGAAAGUGCCUAGCAAGUUUUGUAUCCUAUUUUAUUUAACAUUUAAAUAAGUAAAAUAAAAUAAGUGUUUUAUUAUUAUUAUUAUUAUAUUACUGUCCUUUUUCCGGUCAGUGAAGUUUCUUUCUCUUUUUUUAUUAAUUUUUUUUUCUUCUCUACUACGGGGCUAGUUUUAUAUUGUUGUGCAGCUCCGUAGCGUCGCGUUGCUCAGGGAGGCGGUGCGAUUGCGCGAUGAAUCUAUCUCAGGAGCGCACUUUGAACUGAGACCCGCAAUGACAGUCGGGUCUUUGAGGCUCAGUGUCACGGUGAACAGUCCGAGCACCCUGCGCUGACAAAAGCAUGAAUUCAUCGGAAACGACCGUCUGCUGCUGAAGAACCAACUCCAGGCAGAGCAUUCUGGAGGCAUGUUCAGUCCUCUGAGUGGUAAGCAGCAGCCGGCUGGUCCGGGCCUCACAGAUCUGCAGCAGUACAGUCAGUGGCUGACCAGCAGACAUGAGGCCAGUUUGCUGCCCAUGAAGGAAGACCUGGCGCUCUGGCUCUCUAGCAUGCUGGGUGUGGAAAUCACAGCCGAGAGCUUCAUGGACAGGUUAGAUAAUGGUUUCCUGUUGUGUCAGCUGGCUGAGACUCUGCUGAAGUUAGUUCAGGAUGAAUUUGAUUUGUUAACACAGGCAAAUUCUGUCUUUCAGUUGAUCCCCAGUCGCAGGAUUCCCUGCCGAGCCAGUGCCGCGUCUGGUUCCUUUUUUGCCAGGGACAACACAGCCAACUUCCUGUCAUGGUGUCGAGAGGUGGGCGUGGACGACACCUGCCUGUUUGAGUCAGAUGGGCUUGUUUUACACAAACAACCGAGAGAGGUUUGUCUAUGUCUGCUGGAGCUGGGAAGAAUAGCAUCCAGGUAUAAGGUCGAGCCACCUGGACUUAUAAAACUGGAGAAAGAGAUCGAACAGGAAGAGAAGACACCUGAACCUCCGCUCUCACCUGUACCUCCCACUUCCAGUUCUCAAUCUCCAUCUGUUUCUCCAUCCGCCUCUCCAUCCAUCUCUCCAUUCAACAAGACCAACUCCAGCAAAAAAAGCACUGGCAAGCUACUGGAUGAGGCAGUGAAGCACAUUUCUGAAGAUCCACCCUGUAAGUGCCCAAAUAAGUUCUGCAUAGAACGACAAUCACAAGGCCGUUACCGUGUUGGAGAGAAAAUGCUUUUCAUCAGAAUGCUGCAUAAUAAACAUGUGAUGGUGCGAGUUGGUGGAGGCUGGGAGACGUUCGAGAGCUACCUGCUGAAGCAUGACCCGUGUCGCAUGCUACAGAUCUCUCGUGUAGAAGGCAAGAUCUCGCCCAUCUCCGGCAAAUCUCCCAACAUCAAAGACCUCGCGCCUGACAGCUACCUGGUAGUGGCGGCUCACUACAAAAGCAAGAAGUAAAGAAGAAAUGUACUAAAGAAACAUUGACUUUUAACGUAACUAUGAAGCACAGCUCACUGGCUAGCCGUUGUAGAUGCCACAAGGACACAUGGACUUCUACUGGCUUCUAGAACUAAAAAUUUAAAAGAGAAAAACAAAUCAUAAUACGUAACAGUGUAGAUCAAUUAGUCUGUGCAUAACAAAAAUACUGAACUGGAAUCCAGAAACAAGGCUGUUUUUUGUAUACCAAUUUCUUACAUUUCUUUUCUUUUUAGCCUCUUAUUGUUUAAUUGAUUAAAUCUAAAUUGCAUAAUAACCUUUUACAUUCAAUAGUGUCUAUAUGGAAUGAAAUCGCUGGAUGAAUUCAAGUAUUUACUUCUACCCUGGUGGCUAUUCUUUUUAGUGCUUCCUAUACUAACAAUACUAAUUACUUUUUGGGGGGAGUAUUAUUAUGCUCUUUUGAUGUCAUGACAUAUAUAUUUUCUGACAUUUAUUGUAUUGUACUGUGUUGACCUUGCUCCGUUGAAAAUUGUAAUCUGUUUAUGCCAAGUGUUGAUCAUAAUGCAUUACAAGUAAUGCAAGUUACAUAUCAAUUACUUUUUUAAAUAACUAGUAAAGUAAUGCAUUACUUUUAAAGUUACUUUUCCCGAUAAGUAACGCAAGAUACUUUGUUUUCCUAUUUAUUCACUGACAUCUCUCCUGUCUCGUGUUGAGACAAAUGUGAAUGAGAUGCAGAAUACCUUUAAAUUUCACUUUUGGUGUGAAAGGGCCAUUAGAGGUUGCAAAAAAAUAUAUAACUU